AAAUUUAAUUAAUACACAUCAGUUUACAUCCACCAAGUGAAAAAGACUUACAAAAUGACUUCACGAUAUUACAUAACUUGUAAGUUCAACGUCCCUAGUCAUGUUUCAUGCAAAGUUUCAUAUCCAUGGCAACUAGUGAAUAUUUCACACUUCAAAAGCUUUAAGAUAUGUACUAUGUGUGUCUCUUCUUCAAAACUGCUAGGCGCAAAUAAGACCAACACAACGAAGACCAACAUCGACAUACUAUCAGAUUUUAUGUCACCUAUACUAGCUACCAACACCAUGGGAAUGAUCCAAGACAACAAUUUUCUUAAGCUGGACCAACAUCAUGAACUAAAGGUAAUUCAGCCACAUGUUGAUGUUAACAAGAUCAACGAGCUUAAAGAGAUUACGAGAAGACUUUUAACGAUGACUUCCGAUCCCACAUUAAUGACGAUGAAGCUAAUUGAUACGAUUCAAAGAUUGGGACUUGGGUAUUAUUUCAAAGAAGAAAUUGAUGAAAUAUUGAAAAGUGUAUCACAUUUAUUGCUUGAUGAUGAUGGUCUAUAUGCUACAGCUCUGUGUUUUCGGCUUCAACGACACAAUGGCCUACAUACAAAUCCAAUAGAUGUUUUCAAAAAGUUCAUGGACGCAAAUGGGAAAGUCAAGAAGUCAUUAAGUGAAGACAUAGAAGGAUUGUUGAGUUUAUAUGAAGCUUCAUAUCUUAGUACAAAUGAGGAAUAUCUCUUAUUGCAUUUGAAGGACUUUGCUACAAGACACCUUGAAGAAUCACUACUUUCACAAUUUAGCCCGAAACUUAAGAAAAAAGUUGUUGAUAGUUUAAAGCUUCCAAGACAUAUGAGAAUGGAAAGGUUAGAAGCAAGAAAGUACAUUGAAGAAUAUGUAAAUGAAGAUGAUCAUAACCCGAUUCUGCUAGAGUUUGCAAAGCUGGACUACAAUCGGGUCCAAUUAAUUUUCCGAAAAGAGCUGGUUGAGAUAACCAGUUGGUGGAAAGAAUUGGGUCUAGCUAGUAAGCUAAGUUUUGUUAGAGAUCGACAUGUCGAGUGUUUUGUAUGGACCGUGGGACUCUUACCGGAGCCAAAAGACACGAGUUGCAGAAUUGUGCUUGCUAAAGCCAUCGCCAUUAUGUUGGUUAUUGAUGAUAUAUACGACACUUAUGGUGCAUAUGGUGAUCUUGUUCUCUUUACUAGAGCAAUUCAAAGAUGGGAUUUGAAAGAAGCGGAACAGCUUCCGGAGUACAUGAAAGUAUGCUACAUGGCAUUGUAUAAUACUAACAACGAGAUUUGUGACCAAGUCCUCAAAAAACAUGGGUUGUGUGUCCAACCAUUUCUAACAAAAACGUGGAUUGACUUGGUUGAAGCUUACAUGGUGGAAGUCGAAUGGGUAAGACAAGGGAUAGUACCAAACCUUAAAGAUUACAUGGACAAUGGAAUUGUAUCAUCAGGGACAUAUAUGGCAAUGGUGCAUUUAUUCGUUCUUAUAUUAGAAGGAGUUACAAACGAAAACAUCAGACAUCUUCUUGAUCCAUAUCCUAAAUUCUUCACCUUGGCUGGAACCAUUCUUCGUCUAUGGGAUGACCUCGGAACCUCUAAGGAGGAAGAGGAAAGAGGAGAUGCAUUGUCAAGCAUACAAUUACUAAUGAAAGAUAAGCACAUAGCAUGUGAGGAAGAAGGAAGGAACCAAAUAUUGCAAAUAAUCAAUGGCUUAUGGAAAGAUCUAAAUUCAGAGCUAGUUAAAUCAAAUUUAGAAUUAUUUCCGAUGAUCCAAGUUGCCUUUAACACAUCAAGAGCUUCUCAAGUUGUUUAUCAACAUAACGAAGAUAGCUAUUUGUCAAGUGUAAAAAGUCAAGUACAGAAUCUGUUCUUCAAACCCAUUGAUUUCUAGUUCAAAAAUGCACCGCCUGUUAGAUCUCCUUUUCACAAAAUUCAAACAUGUUAGUUCUCUUUCCUUGUCAUGUUAAUAUGUUAGUUCUAUCUCAUUGUCAUGUAAGAUAUAUGUGCAUGUUGUCGACAUCAUAGAUAGUUAAGAUUAAUAAAAUGUGGUAACAAUCAUAUUUAUUUCAAAA